UUGCCUCACGAUAAUUACCUGACUUUGGACAUUUUGUUCCGACACACGAUUUCCCUGACCUUUAAGCCAGAAGGAUUGCUGCAAAAAUAGAAAUGUGAUUAAUAACAAGCGGGAGAUAUGAUCCUCUAGAUUGUUUUGUUUUUUUGUGUGAGUGAGUCUUAAAUUAGGAGUAGAGGGGUUGCAUGUGUGGAUACUGCAAGGUGUGUGUUUAGGGACAAUGAGAAGUCUGAAAAUGGAGGCCUGUAGCUAUGUUGGACGUGACAGACAGCUUCAUUCGAACCAAAAGCACGUCACCUGCAGAACAAGUGUGGAGUGCAGCUGGUCUGUGGGACACACCUUCACAAAGUUUUAGGGGACUGAAGGAUGCCCGACAGUAUAAAAGUCACUUUCUAUGCCGAGAUCAGACAGACAGACACCUGCUCAGGCACCAAAGAGUUUUCCCCUUCCAAGUGCGCUAGAACGACUAUAAAGAUGCUGCGUCCUACUAAGAUGACUCUUCACCUUCAUCUUUGUCUCCCUCUGCUGGCCAUGUGGCUGCAGCCCACCCUCUGCCUUUACAACUGCUCUUCUGACUAUGACAGGAUACCAGACAGUUCGGACCUGACAGUGGACUGCGGCACCAACAUGAUCAGCCUGGAGAUCAACGCGUGCACGGCUCAGUGGGCGGGCUUCAACUCCUCCAACUUGGCGCUGAACAGCAAGCACAACAUCAGCGACUGCCAGGGCCAGAUCGACACCAGCGUGGACCCGCCCGUCAUUCGCUACCAGCUCCCGGUUAACGACAGCCUGGACAAUUCCUGCCGGCAGUCCCUGCAGAUCGUGGAUGAGGCCCCGGACCCCACGGGCCCUUUCAGCAACUUCCUGAGCAUCCAGUCGGUUAUCAUCACGAGCUUCAUCGACACCCCCAAAUCAGAGCAGGGAAUAAUCAGCUACUCCACUGACCUCUACUACCAUUUCUCCUGCCGCUACCCCUUAGAGUACCUGAUCAACAACACCCAGAUAGUGGCCUCCUCAGUCUCCGUGGCAACAAGUGACAACAAUGGGUCCUUCAUAGACACCCUGAAAAUGGGUGUCUUUAAUGAUACCAACUAUGGCUAUCCGUUGGUCGUACCUUCCUCCGGGCUGCAGCUGCGGACCAGGAUCUACGUGGAAGUAAAGGCCGUCAACCUGACUGGAAAUUUUCACGUGCUGCUGGAUCACUGCUUCGCAACUCCGACCGCCUACAACGUGUCGAACACUGAGCAGCACAACUUCUUCACCGGAUGUUCAGUAGACCAGCGGGCGUCCAUUGAUACCAACGGACUCUCCAGCGUGGCCCGUUUUGACUUUGAGGCCUUCCGCUUCGUUCAGCACCAGGACCAGGCCAAGUCCAGCAUCUACUUGCACUGCAUCCUCAGACUCUGCGAGCCCACCAAAUGCCAAGAACUGCUGGACGCUUGUGGCAACAGAAAAAAAAGGUCCUUGGCUCCUUUUGGACAAGAGGGCAGCGACUCUGCCACCGUUUCCGUCGGACCUCUAUACACCACCGGAGAAGACAGGCCCGUCGCCGCUUCCUACAGUACGAGUGAAACCGCGGCGUCAGAGGAGCGCGACACGGACGUGACCGGCCUGGUGGUCGGCGUGGUGUUCGGCACGGCCGCCUCCGCUCUGCUGGUCCUUGGCGGCUGGUUUGUGCUGAAGAAGUUUUAUUUGGCGGGACCUCGGUCCUUCAACUGAGGCUUUGUAAACACUACCUAAACUUUCAUGGGUAUUUUCAGUGCAGACACACUAAAACAUGGAUUUACGUACUUUUGUGUGUUCAUGUAGCAAUUUGUUUAAUAAAAAAACACAAUUUUUCCUUUAAAAUUGAACUGAUAGCUGUGCUUGCCACUUAUAUAUUGUUGUCUUACACUUUUUAGUCUCAUUUGCAAGUUUGUCCUUUGUGUGUUGCCAUAAUUUCAAAGUAAAAGAAUGAAAACGAAGAAGAAUGGACCUUAUUGUCAUUACAGAUUAAGGACUCCAGUUUAAGGUGCAGUAGUGGAAACAAAUAUGGGGUAAAAAUAAAAAAGACAACUGACAUAAACAGACUACUAUCCAAGUAGUCUUUCCCGUUAAGUUGCAAGUACCAGUCCUGUGUUUUUGUUGAGUGUUUAAAUAGUGAGUCUUAUUCUGCGUUGUGUAGUUUUUUAAAAAAUAAAA